CCCAACUCCCGGCGCCAGCGGGAGCGGCAAGAUGGCGGACAGUGACGGCUUAGGUGAAGCAGCGAUUGCUGCGGCGUCUCCUUCUGCCCCUGCUCCCGGCCUAAGCCCGCCGCUGGGCUGGAGGGAGCGGCUGCGGGCUGGCCUGGCGGGCAUUGGGGCCUCACUGUGGUUCGUGGCGGGGCUGGGGCUGCUUUACGCUCUAAGGGUCCCGCUCAGGCUGUGUGAGAAUUUGGCAGCGGUGACAGUAUUUUUAAAUUCAUUGACACCCAAAUUCUAUGUGGCACUUACAGGGACAUCUUCUUUGAUAUCAGGACUAAUAUUUAUAUUUGAAUGGUGGUACUUUCAUAAGCAUGGCACAUCUUUUAUUGAGCAAGUUUCUGUAAGCCAUUUGCGACCAUUGAUGGGAGGAACAGAAAGCAGCAUUUCAGAGCCAGGUUCUCCUUCCAACAACAGAGAAAGCGAAACCAGCAGGCAGAAUUUGUCAGAAUGUAAAGUGUGGAGAAAUCCUCUAAAUCUUUUCAGAGGAGCAGAAUAUAGGAGAUACACUUGGGUGACUGGUAAAGAGCCACUUACAUACUAUGAUAUGAAUUUGUCAGCUCAGGACCAUCAGACCUUUUUCACCUGUGACACAGACUUUUUACGUCCUUCAGACACAGUUAUGCAGAAGGCAUGGAGAGAAAGGAAUCCUCCAGCUCGAAUCAAAGCAGCCUAUCAAGCUUUAGAAUUAAACAACGACUGUGCCACUGCAUAUGUUCUACUGGCUGAGGAAGAAGCAACAACUAUUGUCGAUGCCGAAAGGUUAUUUAAGCAGGCACUCAAGGCAGGAGAAACAAUUUAUAGGCGGUCACAACAGUGCCAGCACCAAAGUCCUCAGCAUGAAGCUCAACUGAGGAGAGAUACCAAUGUACUGGUGUAUAUUAAAAGAAGACUGGCAAUGUGUGCAAGAAAAUUGGGAAGAAUAAGAGAGGCAGUAAAAAUAAUGAGAGAUUUAAUGAAAGAAUUUCCUCCUCUUACUAUGUUGAACAUCCAUGAAAAUCUCCUAGAAUCACUUUUAGAAUUACAAGCCUAUGCAGAUGUUCAAGCAGUUCUAGCAAAAUAUGAUGAUAUAAGCCUUCCAAAGUCAGCAGCCAUCUGUUACACAGCAGCACUAUUGAAGACGAGGACUGUUUCAGAUAAAUUCUCUCCAGAAACAGCCUCCAGAAGAGGGUUAAGCACAGCAGAAAUUAAUGCUGUGGAAGCAAUUCAUAGAGCUGUGGAAUUUAAUCCUCAUGUUCCAAAAUAUUUACUAGAGAUGAAAAGCCUCAUUUUACCUCCAGAACACAUUCUGAAGCGGGGUGACAGUGAAGCAGUUGCCUACGCGUUCUUUCACCUUCAGCACUGGAAGAGGAUAGAAGGCGCUCUUAACCUGCUGCAGUGCACGUGGGAAGGCACUUUUCGAAUGAUUCCAUACCCAUUAGAGAAAGGCCAUCUAUUUUAUCCUUAUCCCAGCUGCACAGAGACUGCUGAUAGAGAGCUAUUACCUCCAGUCAUCUUAAAGAAGAAAUAACACCAAUCCUUCACAAACUUUUCAGCAAAUGAAGAAGGAGCACUCUCCAGCUCAUUCUGUGAGACCAACAUUAUCCUGACAACAGUCAGACAAAACAUUACAAGAAAGCUAUAGAACAAUAUCUCUCAUGAACAUAGAUACAAAUGUCUUCAACAACAUGUUAGCAAACUGAAUCCACCAACAUGUAAAAAGGAUUAUGCUCCAUGACCAAUUGGGAUUUACCUCACAUAGCGAGGUUGCUUUAACAUCUGAAAGUGUAAAGGACAAUAGAUGGAGAAUAGCAUUUGACAAAAAUCCUAUACCCAUUCAUGAUAAAAAUUCUGAACAAACUGGGAAUAAAAGGGAACUUCCUGAACCUGAUAAAGAGCAUCUACAAAAAACCCACAGCUAACAUCAUACUUAAUGCUGAAAGAUUGAAUGCUUUCCCCCUAAGAUCAGGAACAAGACAAGAAUGUCUGCACUCUUCUCUUCAGCAUUGUACUAAAGGUUCUAGUUAAUGCCAUCAAGCAAGAAAAAGAAAUAAAAAGCAUUCAUGUUCAAAAGAAAGAAGAAAAACUGUUUUUAUUCACAGAUGACAUAAUCUUCAUGUCCUAAGAAUUCCAUAAAAAUAUUAUUAGAACUAAUAAACUAGUUCAGCAAGGUUGCAGGAUAUAAUAUUGAUAUAUAUAUAUAACUCAGUCAUAUUUAUAUACCAGCAAUGAAUAAUCCAAAAUGUAAACUAGAAAACAGACCCAAUGAGAAUAGCAUCAAAGAGAACAAACAAUUUAGUUCUAAAUUAAAAGAAGUAUGAGAUUUUUAAAAUCCACUAAAUACUGCGUAGAAGAAUUAAAGAAAGUCUAAAUAAAUAAAGAGAUAGUUCAUGUUUAUGGAUUGGAAGCCCCAAUAUUAUUUUUAUGACAAUUCUCUUCUAAUUGAUCUAUUAAUUCAAUACAAUUCUUGCAAAUUGAUAAGCUGAUCCCAAAAUGUACAUGGCAUGUUAAAGGACCCAGAAUAGUCAAAAUAAUCUUUAUAAAGUAGAGUGAAAUUGGAGGGACUGUACUUCCCAAUUAAAAAAAAAACAAAAAACAGUCCAAGAGUCAAGAGGAGAACCAGAAACACACAGGGUUAUGACGGCUGAAAGUGGUUUGUCUAGUUCCUGCUUUUAGGAAGCUAAACUUUUGAAAGAAUAGUCUGUGCUUUUUGUCUCAGCUGCCUUAUCAUCCACUCACUUUUUUUCUCUAUGAGCUGGUAAAUUUGUCUAAUUAUCCUUUUUAUGACUUAACUGAUACAUAAGGAUGCUGACAGUUAUAAACACUAGUUUCCUCUUAUAAAUCUGUACCACAGUUUUUACAGUUCUGGGUCCAUUAGAACUAAAGUCUAGGAAGGAAAGUUGCAGUUUUACAGCCAUCAGACUUAAGAACUGAAAAGUUCAAACAGAUAGAUAAAAACUUAGGAGAGCUUAUGGAAGUUGAGUAUGCUGAUAUUUUUCUCCCACAAUUUUUAUUUUUGAGUAUGUUGCAUAUGUGACAUGUCAACCAUACACAUAUAUCCAUGUGUGUUAUAUGUUUAAAUAUUUUAUUAUGUAAUCUAUUUAACAGAUACAUACAUUGCCUUUAUAUUUUAUAUCUCUACAUACAUGGGGUUAAGAUAUGUUUGUAAGUUAUAUAUAAUAUGUAUAUUAUUAAAUAUAUGUUUUAUAAGUAGUAAAUAUUGUAAGCCCUCUUUGGGUAUAAGAGAGCCACUUCAGGUUAGCUUAAAAAUAAAGAGAAUUUGUUGGAAGAAGGCUGAGUUAUCUCAAAGAACACAAAGGCAACAAUUAUAAUUGCACCUUGGAAGAGACCAGAACGAGAAGGCUAUCAGGAUUUCCAGGAGUCAGUUUUCUGUGUGUCUCUGUCUCUGACUGCCUUUUUCAGUCUCUCCUAUUCUCACUUUUCCUUUUCAUUCCCCACCUCCAUCUUUUCUUUGUAUGAGCUUUCAUUUCUGCUUUUCUUAGUGUAUCUGCGUUAUUUUUAUCUUUCUCUUUGCAGUUUGGCUCUCUCUUUCUUAGACACUCAUGUAGCCAGACUUGAUACCCCUGUGCAGCUCUGAAUUUACAUGUCAUCCUCAUCAUGAGGAUAAUAUAGAAUGAAGAGUAUCUCAGUCCUGCUUCUAAAACUUCUGGGAGAGUAAAUCAGAUUUACCCAGGUGUUCAUCCCUAAUCCAAUCUGCUGUGGCCUAGCGACAGGAUCAGGUCAUGUAAACAAAAUUACCAAAAUAUCUCUUUCCCUCUACACCACAAAACUGACUUAGGGGUCAUUAUUUUCUAGGAGUGAAUGAGAUCACUAAGGGAAACUGUAUAGAGUGUGAGAUGUAAAUCAAAGGUGAACCAUGAUGAAAAUUUCCAAGGAAUGGGUGGCCGAUAAGGAGUCAGAAGAUUCAGUGAAGGAAUGGUCUGAGACAGGACAAGAACCAGAACUAGGUAUCCUAGAAACUAAAAGGAGAAAAAAAAUUCCAAGUGAGGAGGAGUAUCCAAGGUAUUAAGUAAGGUAAUUACUGAGAAGAAUCCAUUGACUUUGGCAAUUAGAAGGUCAUUAGUGUUAGAAAUAUUUUCUUUCCUCAGGUGAUGAUAGUAGGUGUUGUUUUUCUAUUUUAAUGGGAACAAGGAUAUUUAAGGCAAAGGAAUGAAUCUUUAAUUGUGGAACAUCAAUAUGCAAGAGUGUAUUACAUUAGGCUAAUACAUUUAACCUAAAAUAAUGCCCCCCAAAUCAUUACAGAGGUUGCCUGAUAAUAUAAGGCAAGCUUUCAUAGUAAUGUGAAUAAAAUCAUCACAUUAUUUUGUAUUGUCAGAGCCAUAGCCUUUAAGAACAGAGACUUUGUGUUUUGGCAGGACUUUGUUAUUUCUAGGGGUCUACUCAUUUGCAAAUUCUAGGAGCUGUGAGAGGAGGGAUAUUCUGGGGGGUUUAGUUUGAUUAUAUUGUAUAUUCUUAGAGUAUUUUUUCUGUCUUUAUGAUAAAAUGAACAAAUUUUUAUUAAUGUGGAGCUUUAAUACCCAAGAGUACUUAAGGUUUUUUGCUUUCAAUUCUCCUUCAACCUUGAUAUGACUUAAGGCAUUCUGGAAUUUGCUUAUGAACCUCAUAAGUUCAGACUUGAACUAUUCCCUUAGUUCACAUAGCUGUUUAGUUGUCUUUUAUGCCUCCUGAUAAAUUUUUCUCUACAAGCCAGUGAUGAAAUUUGAACUUUACUUCUAAGGGAGUGUUUCUGUACUAGUCAUCCAUUAUUUUGAUGUAUUAGCCAAACAUUGACUGACAAAUGAAUCUACAGAAAGCAAUCCAAAAAGAAAAAAUUGGAUCUCUCCUACAGUAUAAAAAUUUCUUAUUUUAGAAAAUUAUCCUAUUAACGCUAUACAGUUUUCUACCUCAGAAAGUAGGAAUAAUACUAUCUCCUAGGAUUAUUGAAAAAAAUAAUGUAAAUAAAAGCACUUUGUAAACCACAAAAUGCUAUAGUUUAAUUAAUAUUAUUAAUUUUGCUGUCUUACACAAAAGCAACUAUAGUAACAUUGGCAUAUGUAAGUAUUUGUUCCCUAUCUUUGCAAAUACCAUGGUUUUUAUAUUUUGAUUUGCUAGAAGAAGUUGUCCUCUCAUGGCUGAGGGACAGAGCAAAGGGGACUGAUUUUUUUGGGGUGCUGAAAGCACAGUGUUGUUCACAGCUUCUAAUGUUUCUAACUUUAAAAAAUUUCAGAUUUGAUGUGCUUUUACUUUAAACAUGACACAAGGCUCUGGGAAUUUUCUGCAUUUUUAAUGAGUUUGCUUUUUGGUAUGUACUUUCUAAAGAUAGUAUAUAAUACAUUAAAAAUAUCCUGUCUAUUGAAGGAAACUUAGGUGUAAUCUUCUCUGUGAAUCAUUAUGUUUUAAAACAUUAAAUUUAUAGCUGAACUUGAUUCAGCACUGAAUUAGUCAUUCCUUACCUAUGCAGGAUAUUACAUCAGGAAUUCUUAGGUCUGUGUCCAACCCUGUGAGCAGCCAACUGAAGUCCCAGAAUAGCUCUCAGUUUAACAGACAUUUAUUGAGCACCUACUGAGUACCAAUCAUUGUAAUAAGCUACUGUCAUCAUUGUUAUUCAAGUAGUUUCACAUUUCAAAUAAGAAAAAUACUUGAAUACUAUUGGUAAUUAAAUAUCUAAUCACUAGAAAAAUAAUACCUGAGUAAAUGUGUAAAUGUAAAAAUAAGACAAUAGACUCCAUUUAUGUUCAGAAUCUAGGACUUUGAUGUUCUGGUUAGAUUUUUACAGUGCUCAAUGAAAUGCCACAUAUAGGACACUUAUUAAGAAGUGGGUAAAAUUACUAACUGUUCUAGGAAAUCUCCAACCACAUGUCUAUUUCUUGAUCUCUGUACUCAUGUCUGAGCUCCCCAAGAUCGAAAAAAACAACACCUUUAUAAAGUGCUUACAGUGUUCAUCAUAACAACUCCAUGGCAACUGCUAGAGGGUUUAGCAACUUAUUCAAGAUCACACAGCUAGUAAGUGACAAAGCUCUUUUUCAAAACCACCUCAGCAUGACUACAAUUACUGCUCUUUCCCACAGUGCCAUCCUUUUCCCAGUUCCCAACAGUCAUCUAACUGUGUAGAUGUGCUGUUGAUGCUAUAAAUAAUUGAUAACUUCUUUCUACCUUGCUUGGCCAGAGACUUCGUGUUCUUUUUUUUUUUUUUAAUUUUUCCUUUUUAGUUUUUAGAAAUGGAUUUCACUUGAAAAUAUUAAAACUGGCUUACACUAUACUCUGAAAUAAAAUCUAUUUCUAUCU